CCAUGCUCCUGUCAGUGUAACCCCGCCCACUCAGUGUUAUUCCCUUCCUGCUUCCCAGACACACACUCAUUCACUCAGCAGUUUCUUAUUUACAAACUUCGUGAUACUUUCACAUGGAGAGCAAACUGACAAACAGUGACAACAUGACACUGGAAGAUCUCCUCUCCUUCUCUAACUUCCAGAAACUCUAUGCAGAGGACUAUGGCUAUGGAGGCACCAUCCAUGACAUGAGAAAGAGGGAGUUCAGCAGGAUUGGAGAUUUGAUUUACCUUGAUCAUGUUGGCACAGCACUUUUUCCCGAAAGCCUUCUUCAAAAAUUCAUGGCUGAUUUGUCUGAAAAUGUUUAUGGCAAUCCUCAUAGCAACAAUUUAAGCAGUAGACUUACGCAUGAUACAAUUGAACAUGUUCGUUACAGGAUAUUGCAACACUUUAACACAUCUGCUGACGAUUACACAGUUAUCUUUACAUCUGGAAGCACUGCGGCACUGAAACUUGUGGCAGAUAUUUUUCCGUGGACACCUGCUAGUCCAGAUAAUGCAGGAAGCCAUUUCUGUUACCUUACUGAUAAUCACACAUCAGUCGUUGGAAUGAGAGGAGCUAUGAAAAUAUUAAAUAUACCAUCUACUCCAGUUACUCCUGAAGACCUGCUAUCAUCAGAGCUUGAAACAAAAACAACUGAAGAUCAGCAUGACAGUACUUCACAUCUUUUCUGUUAUCCUGCAGUAAGCAACUAUUCAGGCACCAAGUAUCCUCUCUCUUGGAUAGGAAAAGUCAAAUCAGGAAAAGUAAAGCCUAUCUCCGUGCCAGGAAAUUGGGUUGUUUUACUAGAUGCCGCCUCAUUUGUCAGUACUUCACCUUUGGAUUUGGCAAUCUACCAACCAGACUUUGUCGCCAUUUCAUUUUACAAGAUCUUUGGUUUUCCAACUGGUUUAGGUGCCUUAAUUGUAUCCAAUCAAAUUGCACAACUUCUGAGAAAAAAUUAUUUUGGAGGCGGUACAGCAGCAGCCUAUCUUACAAAGGAAGAUUUCUACGUUCCUAAGGAAUCAAUUAGCAGCAGAUUUGAAGAUGGCACGGUUUCAUUUCUGGAUAUAAUAGCAGUGAAACAUUGUCUUGACACCCUGCAUACACUAACUGGAGGAAUGGAGAAGAUUAAAAAUCAUACCCAUGCUUUGGCAAGGUACACCUACUCUGUGCUGUCGGCUCUACGUUAUGCUAAUGGAGAACCUGUAAUACAAGUCUACACUGAUACAGAGGUUAGGACUUACGAUGUGCAGGGUCCUAUCAUUAAUUUUAAUGUGCUGGAUGAAAAUGGAGGCAUAAUCGGCUACUCUCAGGUUGACAAGAUGGCCAGUUUAUAUAAUAUCCAUUUUCGCACAGGCUGUUUCUGCAAUUCUGGUGCCUGCCAGAAAAUGUUGGGGAUUAGCAGUGGUGAAGUAAAACGUAAUUUGCAGGCUGGACAUAUAUGCGGUGAUAACAUGGACAUCGUUAAUGGCCAACCAACAGGCUCAAUCAGAAUAUCAUUUGGUUUUAUGUCUACAUUUGAAGAUGCUCAAGUAUUUUUAAAGUUUAUAGUAUACACAUUCAUUAAAAGAUCAUCAUAUUGCACUGCCCAAAUAUAUGAUGUUGAAAAGAUUGCCAAAAUCAACCAGUCUCAAACAGAAAGCAAUUCAGAACAAGGCAGCAGUAUCAAUGACAAAAUCUCAGAAGAUGUGAUUGUCCCCACAAAUCCUACUUUUUCCAGAUUUUCUGAAGCAGAGCAUAUUUGUGCUUGUAAAGGAAGAGGAAAUGUAUCUAACAAGGACAGGCCAAUCACACUCAGUCAUAUCUACCUUUAUCCAAUCAAAUCUUGUGCAGCAUUCCAGGUUUCCCAGUGGCCUGUGGUAGAACAGGGUCUACUAUUUGAUCGGACCUGGAUGGUUGUAAAUGAAAAUGGAGUAUGUCUCAGUCAAAAGCAAGAGACAAAAUUGUGUCUUAUCCGUCCUUCAAUUGAUCUGAUUCAGAACAUCAUGAUAAUUCAUGCAUACGGUAUGUCACCGCUAGAAGUACCUUUGAAUGAUGAAAGCAAAAUGACUGUUCAAAUAUGCCAAAGCAAAGUUUGUGGAGAUAGAGUUCAUACAUAUGACUGCGGGGAUGAAUCUGCAAACUGGCUGUCUAGUGUUCUUGGACGCAAAUGUCGUUUGAUAAGACAGUCAUCGAUCUUUAGUCGCAUUGCAGGUGCAAAAAAGAAAGGUCUGUUGGAGGCAACAUUGCCCUCACUAUCUUUAGUCAAUGAAGCCCAAUACCUUCUUGUUAACACAGCAAGUAUUUUUCAACUAAGUCAGCAAAUCCCAUUAAGUGACCAGACAGAUCACACAGAAGAAAAUCAUAUUGAUCAGAUGACCCAACGAUUCCGAGCCAACCUGGUAAUGGACAGCAACAUACCUUUUCAGGAGGAGGAGUGGGCAGAGGUUUUCAUUGGAAGUUUACAUUUCAAGGUUUCAGGCAAAUGUACCAGAUGCCAAAUCAUUUGCAUUGACCAGUCAACUGGUGAGAAAAGGGGAGAAAUUUUACAGACUUUAUCAUCCAGCAGAGAGGGAAAGACAACAUUCGGAAUGUACCUGCUGAAUUCACCAUGCUCAUCUUACCCAUCUUUGCUGAGAGUUGGCACAGAAGUGUCAUUUAUACAAAACGAGACCCAACAAAAUGUACACAGCAACAAGGAAUCUCUGGAGAAAUAAUGUUUCAAAGAAACCAAAACGGCAGAAAAAUGUAGCUUUAUUCGAUCGUCACAAGAUAUGGUGCACAAAAAUAGUGUCAGGGUAAAGGUCAAAGACUAGUCUAAGUCAGCAAUGGAAUCAAUGCAAUCCUUAUGCAAAUAUCUUUAUUUGUACCAUAUUUUGCUAAUAACCGCAUUCUACAUUACUGGUCCAAACAUACAGUAUCAUCAUGUCUACCAGGUUCUGAUGCUGGAGCGGUGGCAGCUUUCAAUGUAAAUAGUGGCUCCUUACCUGUUGCUAUGGCUAAAUUCUGAAGUGAUGCAGUAAAUCUGAUUUACAUUCAACUUCAUAUAGACCAUCAAGUUCUGGAAGUGCAGUCUUUCAUUUUAAGUUGUCAUAUUCACAUUUAGUACAUACAAUUUUCAAAACACCUUCACAAACAGGGAGAAGAAAGCCUUUCAGUUUUGACCCUAGUACAGUAUGUUAAUGCAAUAAGUGAGAAACUGACUGAUCCUUGAAAUGUUUGGGAAUACCUGGUAUAGGCCUGCAAAAUUGAUCAUCUUGUCUCAUCAAUGAAUUUGAGAUACUUUCCCAGUGUGUUUAUGGUUAGGUAGGGUGGAGGAUUGGUGUAAGUUUAGGUUAAUGGUUAAGCUUUAGGCUUGAAAGAUAGAUUUUAGUUCUAGAGGAAUGAUUAAGUGUUAGGUAUUUGAAUAUUAUGUUUAGGGCUAAGGUUUGGGUCAAAUAAGUCUUGAAACAUAAGAAGUUUGUUUUAGGGUUACAGUAUAUUAGGGGUUAAGAGUUAAGUGUUAAAGUGCGCAAAAUGUCAAUUUCUUAUUUUUUUUGCUUUGGAUAGAGCUGGGAAAGUUUAAAAUCCAUCUUCCCAAUGUGGUAUGUGUCCCCACUGGUCCUGGUGACCACCAAAACUGAGAGGGAGAGUGAGGGGACAAAGAGGAUUUUUGAGUUAUCACAAAAAAAUGAGGUAAAGGAAUAUUCUCAAAUGAGACACAUGUAGCAAAAAAGAUAAGGGGUUGGAACAUUCCUUAUUCUAUCCAGAACUGAGUUACUUUUAAGGGUUAAGUUAAGGGGUUUAGUGAAGUGAAAGUGCUAUGUUAAGUCUUGGGUUGGGUUAAAACAAACUGUAAAAAUGUACAUAACACACACCAAAGUUCAGUGGUCUCGGGAAGUGUGAAGCAUGAAAAUACUAUUGACAAGUUGAUAAGUACCUUUGUUUGUUAUGUUUGUUUAUACAUGGUUCACAAGGCCUGUGUGCUUUGGUGUGUAUUUUCUUUUUUCCGUUUAUCUCCGAUCUUGCUUAGACUUACGGGCCCGGAUUCAGAUAGCUUUGCCUAUCUUUAGGCGGGCGUGGACA